CUUAGUCUCGCACCGUCCUAUUUAAUACCCCCCAAACAAAGCUUCCCUUUCCUAUUUAGUUAUUUCCUCCCUUCUUCCUUCUCUCUCUCACUCUACUUUCUCCCCAAGCAAAAAUCAGCUUCUCCUUUACUCUUCUUUUGCCUUACAGCUGCUCCACAUAUCCAAUCAUCUUUGAAAAAAUAUAAAUGUCAUAGUAUUUGAUUUGUUGUUAUUAAGGGAAAUACUUGAUCUCUGUUUUUUGCUUUCUCUGUUUUUGAAAUCUAGAUAUUAAUGGCGUCCUCGGAUAAUCUGGUCACAAUGGAACCAUCCUGGGCUUUCCGUCCAACAUUUGCUGAUUCAUGGCUGACGGAGGCCUUUGCCAGAGACACCGAAACCUUAACCAGAGCCCUCCAGAAAUCCCUAUCCAACCAUUCCGAUAAUCUGUCCAGUGAAAUGAUAAAUCCGUUCUACCCGCCGGAGACUACAACGGCGGCGGUUCACACCCCGACGGUUUCUGGUGGGUCGACGGAGAACGAGACUGCGGCUUCGAAACGGAAAAACGGCUUGGGUGGGGUAAACGGUGGGAAGAUUACGAAGCGGAAAUCACGCGCCUCCAAGCGCUCGACGACGACGUUUAUCACGGCGGAUCCUGCUAAUUUCCGCCAGAUGGUUCAGCAGGUGACCGGAGUUAGGUUCGGCGGGAACGGAGGACAUCUCCUCCCGGCGACGCUCACCACGGUGCUCAAACCGGAGCCUCACCGACCGGUUAACCGGAUUCAGAGUGGGUGCUUGCCUACCCUUGACACCUCUGCUUUUUUACUCGAUCCAUCUAACCAACAGCCGCAGGGACAUCGGAGUUUGGUGGCGCCGCCGCAAGCUACUGCCACUCCGCCAGCUACGGUGGUUUUGCCCGAGGGUGGCUCUGUUGGGUUUGAUUUCCAGUCUCUCUGUAGCUUCCCAACUCUUGAAUCAUGGAAUUAAUCAAGAAAUUGUAAUCUAGUUCUUAGGGAAAUAGGGGAACUUGUUUAUAGUACUGGUUGGGGGAAAAAUUAGAACUUUUGUUGGAUGUGAACAACAACCACGAUCAUUCAUCUUUUUUUCUUUUUUUUUUUUUUUUUUUGCAUCAUUACUACGGCAGGGUAAUGAUGGUCUCUGUUCUUUAAUUUUGUAGAAGUAAUUAAGGGGUGUUAUAAUGUUAAUUUGAUGGCUAAGUUCCAUCUUUAAUUUAGCUUCUUAUCUCUCAAUUGGUUGAUGCUAUAAGGUACUCUUUGAUGGUGAUCUGUUUUCAUCUUCUUUUUGUUCAUAGUUUGGGAAAAAUCAUUUGCUCUUGUUUCAUUUUUUAUUUAAUUAUUAGGGGAUGAAAAAUUGAAAACGUAUUUGGUUUAUGAUGACUCAGUGGACGACUCGAAGAUGGGUCCUUCCUCUUUCCCCAACCUAUAACAACAAAGAAAUAGGCCUCUUUCCAAAUAUGUACUACUACAUUUUUUCAGCCAGCAACUCCAUGAAAAGGAAAGUGGAUAAAUUUAUUGUCUAGCUCGGUUCAUCGGGCCAGGAGUAUUUUUUACUUGUGAUAUUUUGAGUGAGUCUGAAUUUGAGCAACGCAUUAAUCCUCAGAUUGACUUGGAUCGGUUAUUCCAGUAAUUAGGUUUUGGAUUUAGUAUGUUAGUAUUUGGAGACACC